AUGGAAGACAUUAGAGCCGACAUACAUAAGGCGCAAGAUAUCGGCGGGUCCACGUGGUCCGAACUAUUCACCGUUCCUAGCAACUUCCGACGAUUGAGUCUUGGAUAUGUCCUGCAAUUCUCUGUCCAGAUGACGGGAGUCAGUGCGAUCCAAUACUACUCCACAACUAUCUUCACGACGAUGGGUUUCUCCUCGACCCGCAUUCUUCUCUUUCAGUCCGUCAACAGCAUUAUAGCCCUUAUCGGAGAAGCUUGCUGUGUGCUUUGGGUGGAUCACUUUGGGCGACGCAGACCGCUUAUCGUAGGGAACGUCGUUUCGGGACUUUCUUUCGUCGUUGGCAGUGUCUUGAUGGCUCGAUAUCCUGGUUCUAUUAAUAAGCUCAUUAUUUCUUGCAUCGGGCCGCUAUCGUGGGCGUACCCCGUCGAAAUAUAUUCGACGCGCACGCGUGCCAAGGCAACCGCAUUGACAAGCUCUUCUUCGUGGCUUUCAAAUUUCUUCAUCGCUGAGGUCACGCCUAAAGCGUUCGGUGCAAUUGGCUGGAAGACGUUUCUGCCAGAUAUUUCAUACAAAGUAGGAGUCCCACCAUACCAACUAGUCACGGUGACCGUUACUGACGAAAUCAGUGCCUUGUGUAUCUGGGCAUUCUAUCCCGAAACAAGCGGGCGCCGACUAGAAGAAAUGGAUGCUCUCUUCGAGGACUCUCCCGUCUUUGUACCGGGGAGCGGGUACACCAAGGUUAGCGACCGACACGCAGCAGAGAACGAUCUUCGUGCAGGCAACUUUAUUCCGGGCGAGCUUACAGGAAGAGAGACUUCAGGAAAAGGCGACAAAGAGUCGGCUGAGCACUACGAGAAAAGGCCAUGAUCGUUGAUGGGGAAUUUUCUAACGUUUCAUGUAACUGGAACUUUCAUUAUUAAUGUUGCCAAUGCGGCACCAUUGCAUGCCGGAUGCUCAGCAAUGACUCCGCUACCGGAAAUACUCGGCGGACCCUUGUCCUUUACCGCGAUGGACUCGUCACCUCAGCUGAUAGGGAGCGGCAGCUUUGGGUCUGUAUAUACUAUCCUCGCUUCGCUUGUUACUUUCAAGGAAGUCUAGCUGGAAUCGAAUGCAGCCCAACUUCGAGCCGAAUUUGAGGCCCUCGAGCAGGUCUACAAAACCUGCAGUUCCGACUCAUUAUUUUCUCUGCCCCCGCCCACUUGCGUACAGGGACGCACAAUAAUUUCGCGCCGCGGCAUACCGCUCUCCUCAAACAGGUCGC